AUGUCGUCUUCACCUCCCCGGACUGUGCUGAAGACUCCGACGAGGACUCCACUGCAAGAGCGCACCCAGUCGCAGACGAACGAACAGCCAUCGAGAACACCUCGAAAUGGAAAGACAGAUGGAGGUCCACCACAGGUGUACGCCACGUCUCCCUUUCCGACCAAACCACAACAUGUCCUCCUCCCGAAUACAAUGCGAAGGCAAAGGAGCCAGAGGGAUUUAGCUCUCAAUCUCCUCAGAGACAAUGGCUUUGGAUCCACGCACGAAGUACAGAGUGCGCCGCCUGUCCCUCGCCAGCCAGCGGUGCGCCUGAAGAAGUCGGUCAAGACACUGAGGGACAUGUAUGAGGCGCAAUCGGACGACUCGAGACCAUCGACCGCACUGUCCGUAUCGCGAAGCCGUCCAGGGAGCUCUAGCUCGAAGCUUCGGAGCUUCAGCUCCAACGAAGGACUCGCUGGAAGAUACGCGUGGGAGCAGUUCAAGAGCCUGGCAGCAGAUGACACAGCAUUAUUGCCAUCGUUACCAGAACAUACAUCUACAUUGAGACAGAUUCAGCCGCAGUCAUCGUUUGCAGCCAGAUCGGCUGCGCUUGACGAAGGGACAUCCAGCCCCAACUUCAGAGUCAUUGGCGGAACGUCGAGUCCCAGAAACCAUCAGGCGUCAAAAUUCUCAUCGGACUCAGUGGAAGAAUCAUCAGAACCGAGCGGUCUGGCUCAGAGUAGCUCGUCCAGUCCGAACGUCAUGCGCUUCGGCCACAGCUCCAGUGUGGAGGAGCUGCCUUCCGUGGACGAGAUAUCUUCACCAAAUUUUGUCAAAUUGGGCACAUCAUCGCCAGGGCGGCAAAUCCUGGAAAGGGCAGCAGUCGGGUACGAUUUGGUGACAUCUUUCGAUGAUCCCAGCUCGAGUCCCAAUUUUGUCAAGCUGGGGACGUCUUCUCCUGCAAGGACAAUCCGUGGCUACGAUCCAGCUGUAGCUGAGAGGCCAAGCUCUUCGUCUUCGGACGCUUCUCGGAAGCGAAAGAGGGAGUAUGGUGACGAAGUGUCGCCGCUAGCUGGUGAGGCUACAGUGGUCCGAGGUCCGACUUUUCGAAGCUCGCCUCCUGAGGCAUACAACGCCACCGAAAGCCAGGAGUCGUUCAGGUCUUCUCCGCCCAUUGCACCAGACGUGCGAACGAAAAGUGUCCUUCUGGAGAGCCCUGAUGCUGCCUCACUGCUCAAUGCCAUACAGGCCGGUGACUACGAGUACAGUCACGAAGAGAGCUCGGUUGCGGAUGCUCACAGCGAUCUCCAGACAGCGUUAUCCUCGAGUCCAGCGCCUCCAAUCCAGUACCCAGUCAUUCGCGCACCGGCGUCUUCGCAGGUUAUUGGACUGAAUGUGCACAAACGCCACAAUCGGUCGUCUAUCACAGCAGACACGGUCACGCCACGAUGGCCGUCUCGCUUAUCAGCAGUGCCAUCAGAACAAUCUGGCAGUUUUCGAAACAACAGUAAACGAUCUUCGGCUUCGGUUUGGGAGGACACUGACGAGGAACUCGACUCAGACGAUAUUGCGCCCAGUCACUUCAGAUCGGACGACGACGCAAAUGCAUCCCAGAUCAGAAUUGUUCCAGUCAGCGAACGACACGACGAAGCUGAUGACGAGGUCAUGGGUUUGCCCGGGGAAAGCUAUAGGUAUCGUGUCAACCAGCUGAUGCGUACAACGAGCUACGGACAUUCGCCAUCGAGUUCGCAGUCGAGACUGAACUCCAUGCAGAGUUCCGUCGAGCAUCGUCUGAACAGUUUGUCGUCAAGAAGGCCAAGUUUGCGAAGACCAAGUUCGUCAAGCAGCCUCGCAAGUGCUGUGGUCCCUACAUGGGCCAAGCGAUAUUACUCCGGGCUCUACCAGGACUCCUUCAAGUAUUUGAUGGCUUCUACCUCCAUGGUCAAUGUGACGCAGGUAGCCCCUCCUGCACAGCCUCAGCAGAAAGCUCCUGCAAGGCCAGAGUCAUUACUCACCACGACCUCUGUCAAUACGCCAAAGGGAAGCCGUCGAAGCUUUGCCUCAAUCCGAGAGUCUGUGAAGGAGAAGCUGCCAGCAAUCAUGCGCCCAAGGAAUCGGCCCAGGCUGGAAGCACGAAAGUCACACACAAUGCCAGGAAUUGGUCCUCUUGUAUCCCAUCCUGUCAGAGGCCCCGCCACUGCAGCUAUGCUGUCCUCGAGAGGAAGUCUCGUCAGCCUCAGACAGAAAUCCAGUAUGGCAAGCCUACGACAGAUGCGAGCACUUUCUAUGCCUCUACAUCCAGCAGAUCCUCGCUUUCAUUGGGCAGGCUUCGACGAAAAGCCGUUUGGCGGCAACGCGAAUGAUCCAAAUGGCCCAUCCGGCAUGGCAUACUACGUUCCGCCGCAGCGUCUUAGGCGAUUACCUUCGAUUUCACCUCAUCUACAUCAUGAUCAUCGGCUGAACACUGGUUCGACGACAUCUCGUGGCUACGGACACCCCUUCAAUCGCCGGUCGCGGUACUCGAAUCCCAGCGAUAUGUUCUUUGAUGCGCCAGGCACGGUUGAGGGCAAGUCGCAGAGAAGCUGGCACACCGUGUGUUUCAUACUCGGCUUCGUAUUCCCACCGGCGUGGGUAGUCGGUGCUCUUUUGCCUCUCCCAAGUCGUCCUGAUGCCUUUGCCGACAUUGAGAAAGGCCACUGGCAAAGAGCCAGCAUUCACGGUCACGUCACAGACCGCGAAGCCAUGAGCGUACUGACUCAGCUUCGACAAGAGAAGAGGCUCCGUGGAGGGGAGGAGCUACACUGGCAAAAUGCAAGGUGGUGGCGGAAUCUGAACAGGUGGAUGGCUGUGGUCGGCAUCAUUGUUGUGGUCGUUGUGAUUGUUCUUGCGGUCAUCGGAACCACUCGAGGACUCUGA